AUGGAAGAGAAUGACUUGGAGGGAGAAGUGAGUACUUUAAAGAACACAUGGGUUCCAACAUGGACAAAACAGAUAACAAUAAGGUCCUUAGUGACAAGCUUUAUCCUAGGCACCCUCUUCAACUUCAUUAUUUGUAGACUCAGUUACACCUCAGGACUCACACCAAACCUCAAUGUCCCUGUGGGGUUGUUGGGGUUUACGGUCAUUAAGUACUACACAGCAUUGCUCAACAAGUGUGGCCUCCUCAAGCAGCCAUUCACUCGCCAAGAGAACACUCUGAUCCAAACCUGCAUCUUUGCCUCCUCUGGAAUUGCAUUUAGUAGUGGCACUGGAAGUUAUCUAUUUGGGAUGAGUCCAUAUAUCACUGCAAAAGAUCAUGUAGAGGACACACCAAUCAAUAGAAAGAGACUCUCCCUUGGCUGGAUGUUUGGUUUCAUCUUUGCCAUUAGCUUUGUUGGCUUGUUCUUUAUUUUGCCUCUAAGAAAGGUUAUGAUUUUGAAGUACAAGCUACCAUACCGUAGUAGAACUGCCACAGCUCACCUCAUCAAUAGCGUACACACACCAACAGGUUCAAAGCUAGCAAAGAAACAAGUUGCUUUGCUCUUCAAAAGCUUUUGUGGAAGCUUUGCGUUUGCUUGUUUUCAAUGGUUUUUUAAAGCAACAAAUGAUUGUGGAUUUAGCAGUUUUCCAACAUUUGGUCUCCAAGCCUAUAAUAAAAGAUUCUAUUUUGAUUUUUCAUCUACCUAUGUUGGAAUUGGAAUGAUCAGCACUUUUAAUGCAAAUGCAUCUUUGCUAAUUGGAGCCAUAAUAUCAUGGGGUAUUCUAUGGCCCUGGAUUGACCGCAAGAAAGGCACAUGGUAUAGUGAAGACCUACCUCCCAACAGUUUAGAUGGCAUGCAAGGAUACAAGGUCUACAUUGCUAUUGCUAUGAUACUUGGUGAUGGCUUUUACCAAUGCAUCUACAUGCUAUUACGAAUCACCUAUAGUCUUAGCACACAGUACUUGAAGGAUAAAAACUCAUCCUCUGUAAACCCUGAAAUUGUUCAUCAAAACUCAAAUGUAGAUUAUGAUGAUCAGUGUCGAAAGGAGUAUUUCUUGAAAGAUGAUAUUCCCAUUUGGGUUGCUAUCACUGGCUAUGUAAUCCUUGCAGUUGUUUCCAUCAUAGUUGUGUCCCAUUACAUUUUCCCUCAACUGAAAUGGUAUCACAUACUUGUUUGUUACCUUAUUGCACCAAUUCUGGCCUUCUUCAAUGCUUAUGGAUGUGGCCUCACAGGUUUGUCUUUGGCCACUAUAUAUGGUGAAGUUGCCAUUAUUAUAUUCAGUUCUUGGGUUGGCAUUGCAAAUGGAGGCAUAAUUGCAGGCCUAGCAUCUUGUGGUGUUAUGAUGAGCUUUGUUUCCACUGCUUCUGUUUUGAUGCAAGACUUCAAAACUGGUUAUCUUACCCUUACAUCUCCACGCUCUAUGUUAUUCAGUGAAGUUUUUGGCACAAUCAUUGGUUGUGUCAUGUCACCUUUGGUCUUCUGGCUUUUCUACAAAGCUUUCCCAAUUGGUGACAAUAAAAGCACUUACCCUUCACCUAAUGGGGAUGUUUACCGUGGGAUUUCACUGCUUGGAGCAAAGGGUUUCUCUUAUCUUCCUAAGAAUUGUCUUAAACUAGCAAUCAUAUUCUUUUGCAUCGCUGUGCUCAUUGAUGUAAUACAUGAUAUGUUGAAGCAUUAUGAAAACAAGUACAAGAUAUAUAGGUAUAUUCCACAGCCCAUGUUCUUGGCUAUCCCAUUCUAUCUUGGUGGAUACUUUACCAUAGACAGGUGCAUUGGGAGCUUGAUUGUUUACCUAUGGGAGAAAAAGAACAAGAAUAAAGCACAACAUUAUGUGCCUGCAAUGGCAUUUGGACUACUCUGUGGCGAUUCUUUAUGGAGUGUUCCAGCUGCAAUACUUUCUCUUGCUGGAACUAAAGCUCCAAUUUGCAUGAAGUUUUUAUCUGGGACAGUGAAUCACAACUCAUAA